AUGGCAAAUUUAUCUGAUCUGAAAAAGCAGUUCAAAAUUUCACCGCAAUCGAUUCGCGUCGAGGCUAAUGGACGUGCUGAAAUAUCGUGUAGCCCGCCUAAUGGUGUGCCAGCCCCGAAGAUUCAAUGGCUGAAAAAUGGAUCACCUCUCAUACAGGAUGCAUCGGUGUUGAUGACCGUCGAGGGAAGCGUUCUGAUUACGCAUGCAUCAAUGACGGACAUGGCAAAUUACACAUGCGUUGCUGAGAACAUCGCCGGAAAAAGAUUAUCUGAUCCAGUUUCAUUAACCGUAUAUGUGAAUGGUGGUUGGAGUGCAUGGAGCCAAUGGACAGAAUGUCGAUGCCCAGGCCGAUCGCCAAUUGGUCAAAAGCGUACACGAAGUUGCAAUAAUCCGAUGCCAUUGAAUGGUGGUGCCACAUGCAGUGGUCCCAACGUACAAAAAACUCUAGACUGCUUACCAUGCCCAGAGGAUAUUCAAAUUGUGAACCCGGAGAGUUUCGAUCUAUUGAUGGGAGUUCAUAAUGUGACCAGCAAGAAUCAACCGAAUUUCAUGUACGGAAAUACUCUGGCGGCCGGAUGCCGUGGCGGAAAUUGUAGCAUUGUCAAAGAAGGUUCCGAUUGGCCGUUGUAUAUUGGAUUAGCAGUGGUUGGUGCAAUUUGUGUUGCAUUAGGCGCCGGUUUGGCACGUGGUCGGAAAGGAAGACGCUUGCCGCCAUACAGUAUCGCACGUACAGAAAUGCAACCCGAAUAUUUUCAUGAUCCAGACAAAAAGGCAACGAUACAAUUUCAACCGGAUUUAACGCGAAAUAAUAUUACAGCUAAUUAUGAUUACCCACCAUUAAAUUCACAUCAUCAUGGACAUUUGCCAAGCUUAGCAAAUACCGGCAGCAAUGCUGGCAGUGUCACCGGUACAAUUGUUCAAAGUAUACCAUUGCAGAUACCUCGAUCAAUAUCCGAACAUCAUUAUGAUGUGCCACAUUUAGCAAAUAACUAUGCAACGCCAAUGGAUAAAGUUAGCGGAAAUGACUCAUAUAGCUCAUCAAACUAUUCGAAACGAAUUCACAGCACCGACUCGUUGGCAACAACCACCAAUACUUCCGAUUCAACGUAUGAUGUUGCAACUGAACCCCCAACACUGCCGAUGUCUCAUAAAAAUUUCCCCAAAUCGAAUACCGUACGCCAAUUAGUAACGUCAGCUGGUGCAUAUUUGAAAUUGAAUAAUGCGAAUGUUGCGCUAUCGAUUCCGGAAUUGGCUGUUGGCAAAAACCAAAAGCACAGUAUCUUUUUAUCAGUAUUACACGAGGACAGUAUUCGUGCUUGCAUACCCGAAGUGUGUUCGCAUAUAUCACCAAUCGUACACUGUGGCCCAACCGAUAUCAAUAUAAAUAAGCCGGUUGUAUUGCGUGUACCGCAUUGUGCUGAAAAUCUCGAUCAAUGGCGUAUAUCGUUAUACCAUUCGAAUGCACACAUCCAGGAAAUCGAACCAAAGUGGCGAAAAAUUGUUACUUUGGGCGAAGAAACGAUUAAUACACCAGCCUAUGUACAAAUGGAUGAAAAAUAUGCAUACAUAAUGACGGAAUUUUUGGGUCGAUUUGUAUUGGUUGGUGAAUCGUUAGUUAGCGGAAUGCGUGCAGUAAAACGGCUUAAAUUGUUCCUAUUCGGGCCAUCAAUUCAACCAAACACCGAUUGCAACAUACGUGUAUAUGUUAUUGAAGAUUUUCCAAGCUCAAAAGAUUAUUGUACCAGUUUGGAGAAUCGUUUGGGCGGAACAUUUUUGGGACAAAGUGCACCGCUCACAUUCCAAGACAAUUUACAAGAUUUGAAUCUCAAUUUAAAAUGUAUCGGACGAUGGCGUGCAAAGACUGGCACCGAAAGUCAAAAAAUACCAUUUUCACAUGUAUGGAAUAAUAGUUUUGCAUUGCAUUGUGCAUUUGCAUUGCAACGUGUCAAUAACAAUGACCAUGAUAAUAAUGCAACAAAUGCAACGUCAUCGACGGGAUUAAAAUUGGAAGUUGUUGCACGGCAAAGACAGGGUGGCGAAGUGAUUGCAACGCAUAUUGCACCAUUUUUGCCAAUAGAUACGCUCAGCGUCAUCGAUGAAUAUAGUGAUAAUUCGUUGCGUAGUGUUACCAUUUCGGAGAAAGGGGUCACAGCAUGUAUACAAGCUGGCGAUGGUGAACAAACCGCAUUUAAAUUAACCCGACAAGCGAAACGUGAACUAUGUGCCUGUUUGGAUCCGCCAACAUCACGUGGUAAUGAUUGGCGAAUGUUAGCCCAUCGACUUAAAGUCGAUCGAUACAUUGCAUUUUUUGCAACCAAACCCUCGCCCACCGAACAAAUUCUCGAUUUGUGGGAAUGCAAAUGCCGGGAAUCAAACGCUCUAGCAGAACUUUCGGGUACAUUACGAAGCAUGGGCAGAAAUGAUGCAGUCGAUAUAUUAGAAAAAACAUUAGGUCCAUUAUGGCUAUAAAUCGAUCGAUGUGCAUACGUGUAUUUUGCCAACAACAACAAAUCCAUCUCCAUUGGGACGCACUGCAUCCACAUGAAAUUUAUUGAAAAUGCCGUGUGAUUUAGUGGCGUUAAAAGUUUGUGCAAACAAAUCAAACAUAACAAAACAAAAUAUACACAGAAUGGAAAAAAUAAAAUAAAAAUACGAAGUAAAAAAAACACAUAUUAAAUUGAUACACUCUACAAAAAAUCUCUCUACGAGAAAUUGUAACGAAUGAAAUAAACAACACGUUUAUGUAGUAAUCAAUGGAUAUCGAUUUGUAAAUGUAAAAUGUAUAAUUAAGUGUAAAGAAAAAAAAAUUGAUAGGAAUGUGUACCCCGAUGUUUCUUUUAAAUAGUAAAUUAGUGUCUAUGUGUUUACUUAUCUAGCGGUAGUAAAUAGACACCAAUUCGCGCAUCACGAUCCCAGCACUCAAGCAACGUUCGUGUGGCUGUAGUGUAUGUGUGAGAGACAUCGUAUUCAUUUUAUUUUUUUAAGAUACAUAAAAAGCAAAAACUACAAGAAAAACAAACACAUACACACAACGGAAUCAAAUUCUGGAGUUGACAAAUUUUUUCCGUUACGCAUUGCACUACUCAUAUUAUGUCAUGUGCAUGUAUGUACUGCUGAUAUUGAAAAACAAAAUGCUUUAGUUGUUAAGAGAGCGGAAGAAAUUUUUUAAGUGCAUUUAACCGUUUUAACAUUUGUUUUCAUUGAAAGAGGAGAAUUUAUCUAAAUAUAUGUAAUUUUGUUUAACAAAAAAAAUCCACUGAAACGAAAGAGAAGGUUUUACAAAGUCUUAAGUAAAAGAAAUGAGCAAAGUGAGUCACGCAUUGAAGCAAAAAAACAUGAUUUGAAUAGACAAAAGUAAUAAAUGAUUGUUGUAUUCAGUUGUGAGAAAGAGCAUUUCAAUAGGUUCGACGGUCUGAUUUCAAUACAAAAAAUAGCGCACGCCCAAUAGAUCAGUUAAAUAUGGAUGUUUACUUGUCGUUGUUCAAAAUUAUAAAAAAAAUGAAAAAAAAAUUACGCGGAACAAAUACGCGUCUGAUGAUUCACAAAGAAAGACAAACACGCUCAUAGAGAGAGAACAUGCCGACAACGAAAAUCAAUUAAAAGACGUUUAUAAAAUCAACCGAUAACUACAAGGAGAGAGUGUCAAAGAGAAGCGAAUAUUGAGUUCAUUGAAAUUCAAUAAUAGCACUUUAACGGAAAUGCAAUCCAAUCACAAACAUAUACACAACCCAUUUGAUAAUAAACAUGUUUAUCAAGCCGAUAAACAAUUUUAUUUUGUCAUAAUUUUUUGUUAUGUCGACGCAAUGCAUUUACGAUUGUUUAUUAUACGAUUCUUUCGCCGUAAUCUCAUCGUUCGUAUGCAAGUGCAUUGAAACCUAUAAAAAAAAUUAUAAUCAAAAACGGAAUUUUCAUUAAAACCACAUUUUCUUUGACACGUGUAUUGAUUACCUGUAUAACACCGGUGUUUAUUGUUAAUCACACAUGUGAUUAAGAAUAAACUGACACUUAAGCAAUACAGAUUAUCAUAUUAAAAGCCGAUUACAUAUUUCAAUAUAAAAAUGGGACGAGAAAAAAAAAUUAAUCAUAACAUAGACUACGAUUAAGUUCAGUCUUUUUUCGGUUCGGGCAUAUUUUUACUGCAAAAUUUUUAGUUCAUAACGUGAUUCAUCUUUGAGCAUUUAGUAAAUAAAUUCAUCAGAUCGAUAGUAACUUUUUUUAUUUCAUUUGUUUUUCAACAACACCUUCCUUUUUUACUUCCUCUUACAAUUUUCAUCGAGACAGUUAAAUCCAUCCACUUACAUUUUUAUUUGCGAUUGUCUAAGUUGCAUGAUUUUCAACUAACAACUUUCAAUUCGAUUAAAUCACGAUUUUCAAAUUGAAAAUGUGCACGCAAUCGAUUUGACCCAAUUUUCGAUGUUUUUGUUUGUUUUUCUUUUAUUGUUUCC